ACCGAAAAUGCAAACGUAAUGACAAUACUGGCAAAAAAUUGAACUUGGACGCUAUGACGACAGACAUAUUCAUAGCUGGCCACGUAACGGCGUAACAAUAGGAGGCAUUGGCAAGCUACGGGCAUAAAUGUGGCAAAGACAGGGCAGCCAAAGUGAAAUGUGGCACUCAAAGAGUGGCGAGUCAAUGUGUCAAUCAGUAAAACCAAAGCGAAAAUAUGUAUAAAAACAGCUUCAACAAAAACAACAACUGCAUAAAUAAAGUUCUUAAAUCGCCGUUAAAUUUACAGUUGUCUAUAAAGCCAAUAACCGCUGAACUCUUUGAAGUGUUGCGGCGCUUUUUGAUCGCUGUUCGACCCACCCACCUGCUGCCUGGCCAUACAACAACGGACAUUACGUACCAACGUUAUUUACCAGGUGUGGGUGACAGCUGUCAAUAUAUUCUUUUGUGCAAUACGCUAAUAUAAAAGUGAAACCAGUGUUUGUUGAUUAGUUUUCAUGAAUGGAAACUGUUGGAAUGCCGGUGUAGUGGUUUAUUAAUAUUAGCUAUAACCAUUUAGUUAAGCUGUAAAGUUGAAGUGACAAAUUGCCGCAAAGUUUACGCAAAACGAAAAAUAAUAAUAAUAACCAAUAGUAUAUACAUACAUACAUACUUAACAUAAGUUCAACAAACAAAAGGGCAGCGGAAUUUAAGCUGAAUCUAUGUGUGCGAAGAACUCUGGCUGGUGAUGCCGCAAAGACAACAGCAAUUAAUAGCCAACGUAGGUAUAUUAACCUCGAUAGUAACAUAGUUGAAUCUUCCACAAAAUGGCAGUAAGCUAUGCCUGUCUCGCGGUGCAAUAUGUGGUGGUGCCGACGGUGCUGGUGUUGGCUGCACUAUUUCGUCCUGCCGGUAUUUCGUUCGUGUACCUGUUAAUGUUUUUUAUAACGCCCUUUAUCCCCAUUGCCAACAGUCGCAAUUUCAAAAGUUCUGUUGGACCAUUUUACAUCAUACUCAUCGCGCUAUGUUCACUACUAUUAUUAUGUCAUAUAGUACUGCAAGUGACAAUAAUUGCUAUGAAGAUCGAGUCGGUCUUCGCUAUGUGUUCAUUUACGCAACAGCUGUUGCGACACAUCGGCUUCAUUAAUCUGCAGGAUUUGCAUCCGAUUGCUGCCACCGAAUGGCAUAUGCCGGAUGUGCUGGUCUUUAUCACAGUGGUGAUUUCAUUUAUAGUCAUAAAGAAAUUGAGCCAGAAACCACCGCCGAUCACUUUGCAAUUGGAAACUGGUGAAGUUAUACCAAUACGAAGUUCAACGGAUAGCGACAACACGGACGAUGAAGCCUUCUUCGAUGGUCUAAUUCGAAUAUCGCCUCUCUUCUGCCUGGCAAUGCUAUUUGUUAUAGCAGUGCUGCGGCCGUCAGCGCCAGCCGGCUUCUAUUUUCUCAUAUUCUUGCUGAGCGGUUCCUACUGGGCCACCUAUAAUUCGCUGCGUCGUGGUUUCUCCGUGCUGCUGCGUUUCCUGAUGCUGGUUAUCGCAUUACAUUCGGUCUGUAUAGUGGCCUAUCAGACACCUUGGGCGCAAUAUUACCUGAGCAGUGAUAAUUUAAUAGCGAGAUUGAUCGGUCUGGAACCGUUGGUCCUCUCCUCAUGCGAUCGCGACAUACGCGUCAUGAGCUAUAACCUAACAUACAGUUUCGACUCGUUUAUUCUGCCCAUCCUAAUGCUGUUAACAUACUUUGUGCUUGCGCUGACCGCCAAGUGCCUGAGCAAUGCGAAUGUUUCGUUACGUCGUGACCAACGUCCAAAAACUACUAUCGAACCGACUGAGACGACACCUCUGGUGAAACGCUUGCGCAAAAGUGACGCAAGAGAAGUAACAAGUGAUGAGGCAGCCAUGGAUCUGCAGGACUCCAGCUCACCGGAUGUCUUUACGAAUACCAUAUGUGAUCAGAUAUGCUAUGGUUUUAUAAGCAUUGGACAAUUUAUUUAUCAAAACAGUUAUAUUUUUACGAAUAUAUCAAUGAUGACCUGGUCCAUUGUCUAUCACAGUUGGCUGACCUUCGUGCUGCUGCUAUGGGCCAACAUACUCUGGAUGAUACCGAAUCAGCGCAAAGCUAUGAUGCGUUCCAGUCCCUUCAUCGUGUGCUAUGCUGAGCUAUUGCUGAUAGCGCAAUAUGUUUAUGGCAUGAAUCUGAAAAACGACGAACUACCCUCCAAAGUUGAGACUGCCGGCAUUAAUUUGCAACAAAUCGGUCUCGAGCGUCCGCAAGAACAUGGCACACAUCCGUGUGUACCGUUAAUUGUGAAAACUUUAUUUCUGCUUAUGUUUUGGGUAACCUCAAGACAGUUUUUCCAAGAGAAAGCCGAGGAGAAGCUGAUAAAACGUCGUGCACCGGUGGCGAUGCCACUGGAAACUAUUGAUUCGGAGACAUCUGUGGAAUCGCAAAAUAAGCAUACAUCGAAAUUCCUUAAGAAAAUCGGUGAUAUCGUGAAGAAUUUGUUGGUGCGCCUUUGGAUUUGGAUGUUGGUAUUGGUCAUCUUCUUAUGCGCUAUGACUGGCAAAUUUAUGACCGGUUUUCGCAUAUGCUACAUGGCACUAUUCCUUUUCUUCUUACUCGUCUUCCAAUCAUCGUCGAAAGUGUGGGUCAAAGUUAUGUAUGGCUUCUGGCUGUUCAUCAUCUUCUAUGCCAUGUCCAUGCUGAUACUUAUCUACACCUAUCAAUUCGAUAAAUUUGAUCAGUAUUGGUAUGAGUACUUGAAUAUAUCACAAACGCUUCAAAAUGAUAUCGGUUUGGAGCGUUAUAAAACGAAAGAUCUGUUCCUGCAUCUCGUCUCACCAACUCUGAUUGUGGUCUUAACCGUCAUACAAGUGCAUUAUUUCCAUCGUCGCUUCAUCGAAUCGCUGCAUCAGCGCAAAGCAUCCAUAUUACCCCAUAUGGUACAUAUUGGAGAUGGCAAACCGACUAAAACAGAGCCGCGCGGCAGUAAUGAAGCAGCUAAAUUAUUGGUUUCAUCUCUGAAACGUAUACGCAAAAUAACGAAACAUUAUUUUAUUGUUUCGAAAAAGCUGUUUUGGCGUUUCCUGGAGUUGCACAUCAUAAAAGCCGUCUACAUUACGGCGUUUGUAUGUGCCGUUAGUCAGGUCUGCGUUAUUCACGUUGUGUUCGUAGCAUUAUGUAUACUUGGUUGUAUAACGCGAAGCUCUAUACAAAUAUUCAUCAGUCGCAUAAUCUCAUUCGUUGUUUCAAUAAUAAUACUAUCGAAGAUGAUCUAUCAGAUCGGCUAUUUAACACACGACGAUUACGAUGUGAGAUGUAAAGAUGAGAGCACGUUACAUGGCAAUAGCGCCGUAUGGUUCGGCUUGCAGAAAGCCGAUGAUACCACAAACGGCUUAAUCGGUCUGAUAAAAAUGUAUAUCAUCUAUAUGAUCGUUGUUACGUUGCAUGCUGUGGUGAGUUUAAGACAAUUCCAAAUGCGCGCAAUGGAAGACAAUGGAGCCAAGGCGGAAACGAAAGUGCUAUUUCCGGCAACGGAUCGUACCAAAGCCGAAACGAAUCUCAAAUCAAUGAUACAAUACCUAUUCAAUUAUGGUUUUUAUAAAUUCGGACAAGAAAUCUCACUGAUAAUGUUGGUCACGACAAUUGCUUAUCGUCAGGAUAUAGUAGCGAUUUUCUAUGUAAUCUGGUUGGCUGUGCUCUUGAUGUUUAGCCGCACCAGGCGUAGCUCAGUGUGGGGCAUAUUCCAAGUAUUUAUUGCGCUGAGCAUUUUUCUGCAAUAUUUAAUUUUGCUGGGGUUGCCGCCGAGUCUGUGUAUUGAUUACCCCUGGGAGAACUCCCGCUUCUCCGCACCUAUACAAGGCUGGCUGCUGCUACCUGGUGGCAUGCAUUAUGAUCACACGAAAAAGUUGAUCUUCGACUUUUUACUACUCCUAAUCGUGACACGUCAAAAGCGUAUAUUCCGCAUCGAAUUGCGUUACGGCGAUCAAUAUGCCGGUGGUUCGAAUCGCAAUGUGGUCAAAGAUAUUGAAAAUUUGGGACGCGUGGCAUUUGUGAAUCCCACGAACGAUUUCCUAUCGCACGUGCGCAACUAUUUGGAUAUUUUCAUGUACGCCGUGUUGUGUGGCUUCUUUUGGGUCACAUUGGCAACGGUGUUCUUGGCAGGCACGAAUAUGAGCGAUUUCCUUACAUUGGGUUAUCUGAUUGGCGCCUUCACCUUCCUAUGGGAAGGCUCCGAUUUCUAUUUGCGUCCCAUACAACAAAUUAUCGGUCGUUGGCGUUGGCUACUGGCUUAUAAUGUCUUCAAUAUUGUUGUGAAGACAUGUCUCGAAAUGGCCGGUUGUCUAUUUUUAAAGGAUCUAACUAAGCAUUGCUGUUGGCUUGUGCAUUUAUUGGGCGUAUCAUGUCACUUCUCCACAGACUCAAUCAUGAAUGAUCCCUUGGAUAAAGACGAUUCGGACUGUCCAGAGUUAAAUAAAUCGUCGAUACUGAUGUGGGACACCAUUUGCUUCGCAUUCCUUAUAUUACAAAUGCGCAUAUUCAAGUCACAUUACUUCUGUCAUCUGAUUAUUGACACGAAAGCGAACAGCAUUUUGGCAACCCGAGGCGCUGACAUAAUUGAGGACCUGCGCCAGAAACAAAUCGAACAUCGUCAGCAGCACGAAAAUGAGAUUUUGGUAAAGAUCAAGCGUAAGAUGGAGCGCAUACGUGCCACACAACAAAAAAUGUUGAAACCCAUUGAUAAACCCACACAUUUCGAUGAACAUGGUGCUCCGAGCAAACUGCACAAACGGAAAGAGAUUAAGUUACACGGACCUGAUGCGCCCGAUGCGCCUGUAGGUACUGUUGUCGUUGAACAAUUAAGGCUGCCACAUAAGAAAGCGGUACGCGCUGGCGAUUAUUAUAUGUUCGAGGAUGUUGACGAUAAGUUUGAAUUGGACGUGAUUGAUGAUGAGCAAGAUUUCCUCUCCGAGCAGGAGAGUGAGAAAAAAUUGCAGAGACGUAAAACGGUCAUACAUACCGACAUUAAGCGCAAAUCUGAAUCAGAGCCAUCAACCAGCAAGGAGGCUAAAGAGGCUACAGAAAUGGAGGAAAAGAAGAAGAAGGGCGAUGUUGUCGAUUCCGAGGAGUCUGAAGAUGAUUUGGAAGCAAAUCCAAUCGUUCGUCUGUUGGAAGGUUUUCUGGUGUCUGUGACAAUUGGCUUACAUCGUUUGUCACGCAACUACCGUUAUGUUAAUAAAAUAAUGUCCAAUGAAAAGCGUUUGCUUAAGGAAACUCAUAGCGUUAAUUUGGUCUAUGCAACCGAUAGCUCGGUCUAUGUUGACAUCAAGGGUUUAUCGCCAAAUGCUGAAAAUACCCAACUAGCUGGCUCGAUUGGGUCGGCAUCGAUUGAUACACAAAAUGAAACGAAUACACAACCAUUACCACAUAGCAUAACGAAUGUGACCGAUUUGAAUACGAUCACCUCAGACACUUCCCCACCGUCACCCUUAGAAUCACACAUAAACAAUACACAACAACAACAAGAGCAAACAGCGGAUCCACAUGCCAUUAUUGAUAUGUCAGUGGAUACUGUGGAUAUGCGAAAUGAUAGUUACGACGAGGAUGGUACGUCCAUGCAAAAAUCUCACAGCUUGGUUAUGCUGGAGGAAGACUUUACAGCACGUGAGCACAAUAUCAUCAUUGAGUUCCUCAUUUCACUUUGGUAUGCCUUGCUCUCGAAUACGGACAUAAUCUGCUAUUUGGUCGUGUUUAUUAAUCAGGUGGUUAAUGCCAGCAUUAUUUCGCUACCUCUGCCUUUAAUGGUAUUCCUUUGGGGCACACUCUCAUUGCCGCGUCCAACGAAAACAUUCUGGGUCACACUCAUCGCAUACACACAAGCGAUUGUGCUCAUCAAAUGCAUAUUCCAGUACAAAUUGAUUUGGGCCAAUUAUAUAAAUCUGCCGAACGAACCAUUGGCGCCGGCAAAAAUAUUCGGCGUGGAAUUGAAUCCCAAUUACGCCAGUUAUGAUUUGUUGCUGCUGUUGGUGUUGUUCUUCCACAGAUUCAUCUUGAAAUCGCACGGCCUUUGGAAGUCGGAAUAUAAAUUCCCGCGUGGCGUAGCUAAAAUGGACUCGAGAACGCAGCCCGAAAAUGAGGACGAGUUACAGUCCACUGUUAGCAGAAUAAAUACGAUAGAGUAUCUGAAUGGGGAAGCUGCCAGUAAUAACACACCUGGUUCUGCCGAUGGCGUCCGACGACGUAGUAAAAAAGAAAGACGCAGCGAUAAUAGUGACGAAAAUGUUGCCAAUGAAAAGAAAGAGAACGGCAAUGACAAUAGAAAAGAAGGUGGUGCCGAUUCAGAGAAUAACAAGCAAAUUAUAAAGGCAACUGAAACAGAUGAUGUGGAUGCUAGAAGCGAAAGAAGCAGCGCUGUGAGUUCAAAUACCUAUCAGCGACGACUGAAACACCUAAAACGCGCCAAGUACCUGUCGUCUGUGCGGAAAUUCUUCUCGAAUUUACUCUCAAAGUCGCGCCUGCCAGCCGAUGUGUAUGCGUUAAUGUUCCUAUGCGAUUUUAUCAAUUUCUUCGUGCUGCUCUUUGGCUUCACAGCUUUUGGCUCUCAACAAUCUGACAGCGCUGGCGGCGUACAAACAUAUUUGGAGGAGAAUAAAGUGCCGAUACCCUUCCUAAUCAUGUUGUUGGUGCAAUUCAUGUUGAUCGUCAUCGAUCGCGCCUUGUACUUGCGUAAAGCGCUCUUGCACAAAAUCAUAUUCCAUUUCCUCUCCGUCAUUGGCAUACACAUUUGGAUGUUCUUCAUUGUGCCGGCGGUAACGGAACGCAGUUUCUACUCGUUGGCGCCGCCGAUUAUUUUCUACAUCAUCAAAUGCUUCUACAUACUGUUAUCUUCAUAUCAAAUCAAAUGCGGUUAUCCGAAACGUAUCUUAGGCAAUUUCCUAACAAAGAGCUUCUCACUAAUCAACAUGUUGGCCUUCAAAGUUUACAUGGCGAUACCGUUCUUAUACGAGUUGCGCACAAUACUCGAUUGGGUCUGUACGGACAGCACAAUGACGCUCUUCGAUUGGCUGAAAAUGGAGGACAUAUUCGCGGAUAUAUAUUUCAUUAAAUGCAGUCGACAAAUGGAAACUGAUUUUCCCGCUAUACGCGCGACGAAGAAACCGAUUUUAACAAAACUAAUUAUGGGUGGCUUGUUCAUAAUCGCCAUUGUGAUCGCGCUCUGGGGUCCCUUGUGCAUCUUUGCGCUCGGCAAUGCGGUGGGUCAAUCGAACACACCACUGCAAGUGAGCAUUUCCAUACGUAUCGGUUCGUAUGCGCCCAUCUAUCAAACGAAUACGCGCGAUAAUAUUAUCGCCUUCGACGACGCCAUGUACAGUGAUAUGAAAGGUGCCUAUGAUAAGGAUCGUGCGGCGAUUACAUUCCUUAGCAGCUAUGAUGCAACUGAUAUUGCGGCCAUUAAACUGCCUGGUAACUCGCCAUCGUUGUGGAAUAUCUCACCGCCGGAUCGUAUGCGCUUGCUGGAGGAGUUGAAGCAGAAUGGCACAAUUGUCGCUAGCUUUGCCUAUUCGAUUACACGCAUACCGCCCGAUAAGAGCUUGAUGGGCACAGUAUCGGAUGAGAUUAUCUUUCAGAUGAACGAAACAUUUGCUUGGCGUGAAGAUCUGAUUACUAUGUUGGAGACAAAUGGCACCUCGAAAGUGGUACCGCUACCCGAUUUGGUACCGAAAUUUGUUAAGAUUUUGAAUUCUGGUGAUGUUAGCAUCGUGCAUCAACUAAUGCCAGUUGGACAAACUUAUCGCCCGCUGUUACUGCGCAUGCGCACAAGUUCAUCGGCGCGCAUUUGGUGGGAAAUCGCGGACUUCUGCGACGAUAAGUUCCACGAGGAUAUAUUGAAAAAAUUACCUUUGGAUAAGUGUAAUUCAGGCAUCGUUAUAUAUACAUUCAAUGACAAGAAGUUCCCGUCGACAUUCAGUUUUAUAACGAAAGGCGGCAUUCUCGGCGUGUACACAACGUUCGUAAUUGUGGCUUCACGCUUCUUCAAGUCCUUCAUCGGUGGGCAAAAUCGCAAAAUUAUGUUCGAAGAUAUGCCUUAUGUGGAUAGAGUGUUACAAUUGUGCCUUGAUAUCUAUUUGGUAAGAGAAGCGCUUGAAUUUGCGCUAGAAGAGGAUCUAUUCGCCAAAUUAAUCUUCCUAUAUCGCUCGCCGGAGACGAUGAUAAAGUGGACGCGUCCCAAAGAGGAGGCUGAUGAUGAAACCGAUUCGGAGUCGAUGCGCAGUCGCGCUAGUGGACGUGCGACUAGAUAAAAUGUAGACAAAUGUUAAACGCACUGAUUUUCUCACUUAACAAACAAAACUCGAAAAUAUUUCACACACCAUUUGCAUACGUACAUAUAUAUAAGUCUUACAAUUCUUAAUUCCACAUUUCGCUGCACAAGCCAAAAAAAAAAACAGUUUUGUCGUUUUUUAAGCAUAUUCAAACACUUUUUUCCCGUUUAUAGCAUUUCUAACUGUUUGUUGCCACAGCCACUGCGUUCAUAUAUCGAUUUUUAUAUCGAUAUGGGUAUAGCGUUUCCCAGAAAAAAAAUUGCAAAGAAUGUAUUUAAUUUUUGAACCAACAUUUUUUUUUGACCCAUUUUGGGGUUAUAUAAAUUAGUUAUGGCUAUCUUUAAUUAUAUAAAUUUUAAGCGAAAGCUUAUUAAAAACUCUGGAGUUCAAAUAUAAACAUUUUGUUACGAAACUGAAUUAUUGUCAUAUAUUCUAUUGAAUUUCUAAUUUAUCUGUUUUUAACUAAAUUCUCGCUAUUGUGACGGCUUUUCUCUAUUUAAGUGGUCUAUCUGUACCGCAGUGUGCUUUUAAGCGUUAAAAAAAAUUAAAAAUUAUUUUUUAUUUAAUUUGAAGUUAAUUUAUUCAAUCAUAAAUAUGGGUAACACCUUUUGUCUAUAAGCCUAACCCAGUGUAUAUUACUGAGGUCCGUUUUAAAAUUAUUAUUGAGAGUUCAUAAAAAAUAUUGAAAUAUUGAUUGUGACAUACAAGCCUUCAUAUAAUUGCCGCUAUUAACUUAUAAUUUUUUAUAUAUUAAAAUUUAAAUGCUAUUAUAUUUUUAAUUUUGGGAAACAUCAUACAAACGCGCUUUCGAUUUCAUAGUUUUUGUUUUCUUUCAAUUCUUGUGGUUAAACAUUGUCUACAGUUGUUUUCAUAAACUCAGACUUCAAUACACGCACACACACACACACACACCUAUGCAUACAUAUAUACAUGAAAAUACCCCAAAAGAACUGCCGUUAAUUAAUGUUGUAAACUAUUUUUUAUUACAAAAACCAAAAACAAAAACAAAAACUGGAUAUUAAGCUAAGUAAUGAAAAAGAUGCUGGUGUAGUAGCGGGUGGGUAGGGGGCAUAUUUUGUAAAUGUAAGUGAAAAGCAACAGAAACAUAUUAAUUUUAAUGUUUGUAUUUAGAAUAGUGUUUACCGUUACGCAAUAAUAAAAUCGAACAAAAAAAAUAAAUAAAACAACAAUAAAAAUACGGAAUAAAGAGAAACUACUGCUUAAAUAGCUGUACACUGUGCGUAGUAUAACUGUGUAAGCUACAACAACAAUAAAAAAUAUAAUAAUAACGAAAACACGAAACCAAAAGUAA